AUUCACUAUAUCUGCUCUCCCACAGUACACAGAACAUGGAAAUGCAAUUAUUUUAGUAAAUAUAAACAGCUAAAUACCUUUUCUCCUCAGAAUUGAGCACUGGUUAAAGCUUGCAGGAGGAGUUUUCUCUAGGAGGAUGGAAAUCCCCUGACCUCUGUCUGGACAGUGUUGAUUGGCUUUGUGAUGAUUACAUGCGCUCUCCCCAAGAAAAAAAAAAAACCUCUAUAGUAAUACACACUAAACUGAGUAUGUGCAGAAGAGCACGGGUUCAUCAGCGUGGGCAUUUGAACAAGAGGAGGGGCAGAGUAGAAAAGAGCAAACAACCUUUUUACGCUUUUUACACGAUGCAGACGAUUAACCCCUUAGGUUCCACAGUGAGUAUAACACGUUUGCUUUACUGUAUAUACAGACUGAUUUUACUGUUGUGGGUUUAG